AUGGUCUUUGUGACUACUGUGGGGCCCAUGCGGAGACAGUCAACCACCUUUUCUGGCACUGUGAACAUGCCAAAGAUAUUUGGUCUUCAAGGUAUAUGGAAAGAUCAGAAUGAGAUAUUUCAUGGAGGUAAGGGUAGGCCUGGGAAAGCUGUGGUACAUAGUGCUUUAAUGCUCCUGGAUGAAUAUCAGAGUGUAAAUGAAAGUCUCGAAGCUGCUCAGGAGAGUACACUUGUGACAGUAAAGUGGAGCCCACCGUUGGAGGGAUGGUACAAGGUCAGCGUUGAUGGCACCGUGUUCACUAAACUAAAGCAAACGGGGAUCAGAGUUAUUAUUAGAGAUGACACAGGGGCGGUGGUCGUUGUGAUGAGCAAGAAGAUAGCAGUCCCAUUAGGAGCGCUGGAGACAGAAGCGAAAGUGAUGGAGACAGGAGUCCGUUUCGCUGCGGAAGUGGGAAUACGGGAUGCGAUCUUUGAAGGAGAUUCAAUCUUGGUGUACAACGCAGUGCAUGGCUCACGCUUUGCAUCUAUGGCGAUCCAAAAUAUUGUCACCGGUAUACUCCGUCAAGCUCAAGGCUUUAGAAUGUUCACUUUCUUGCACGUUAAACGGUAG